CUCAAAUACAUCAGGAGAGCUGAGCAGUGAGUUGCAAGCGCUCUUGUGAGACAGCCAUGGCGCAAGCAUACGCUGUAAGUGGUACGCAGGGCAUCUUUUUCUCACUAGACCAGGUUAAUCCCCGGCCAGCGGCCUCACAAAAAGGAGCGUCCUCUCACUUGCGCUGCAAUUGUUCUCUCAGCAUUGUGCAACCGUCAGCGAAGAACUCUCCUACCUUGUCUCUCAGCAUCCUACGGAGACGGAAUGCAGUGAGAGAAAGCUGUGUGCUAAAAAAUCAAGCUCUCUGGCGGUUGCAAAAGAUUAGCAAGAGAGCGUCAGUGGUCGCAGAAGCAGGGGGGGAUGCGGAGACCACGACAGCAAGCAGACCGACGGAAGGUCCACCGUCUGCAAAAGAAUGUGUGGAAGAGGGGUUGAAACUGUUCCAGAAAGGGAGGAUUCGAGAUGCUCUCAGCAAUUUCGACCGUGCGCUGGACCUGAGCCCCAAAGACGAGGAAGCCCAGGCGGCCCUGUACAACAAGGCCUGCUGUCAUGUCCAGAGGGAGGAGUGGGGGCCUGCUUAUGAUGCCCUGCGCGUCAGCCUGUCAACCUACAAUCUCAAGUUUAGCACCAUUUUAAACGAUCCCGACAUGGCCCCAUUCCGAGCGACAAAGGAGUUCACCAAGCUGAGGAAUCAGGCUCGUGAGGGGGGGCAGGAGAUUGGGCAGGGCUACCGGCGCGACCUCAAGCUGAUCAGCGAGGUCCAGGCGCCUUUUCGGGGAGUUCGCCUUUUCGCCUAUGCAGGCCUGAGCGCUGCCGCUGGCAUUGCGACGCUGUUCACGAUUCCACGUCUGAUCAACGCUGUCAAAGGCGGAGAGGGCGCGCUGCCACUGCUGCCAGAGUUGCAGAACAUUGGGAUUGACAUCGGCGGCAUUGCGGUAUUCGUUGCACUGUUCAUCUGGGACAAGCGGAAGGAGAACGAGCAACUAGAGCGGAUUGCGCGUGACGAAACUCUGUCGCGGCUACCGCUACGAUUGCAGUCCGGCAAGCUGGUGGAGCUCAGUCAGUUGCGGGAGAACACGCGGCCGCUCAUCCUGGUGGGCGACAAGGCAUCCCUCGAGCGGACUCUCAAAAAGGCCGAGAGGUACCGUACCGAGCUCUUGGCGCGAGGAGUGCUCAUUUGUCCGCUCGCGUGGGGGGCGGGCGCGGAACAGCUGGCGCGCAAGCCAAAAGGUUUCGCGCCCCUUCCCAAGAAAGUCAAGAAAGCAAGUCCGACGAUGGACGAUUUUGAGAGCCGGCUGAAAGCUCAAACGGCCAAGUCGAUUGGCGAAGUCGAGCGGAGAUACCGGGCCGAAGUCGUGUCUCCAGCUGAGUGGGAGCAGUGGGUGCGCGAGCAGCAGUCUGUAGCAAAAGACGUAAAGCCGGGGGAAGAUGUAUACAUUAUUUUGCGGUUAGACGGGCGGGUUAGGAGAAGUGGGCGGGGCAUGCCUGACUGGGAAGGUAUCCUUGGUGAGCUUCCCGAGUUAGAUUCCGUGUUGAGCAAGCUGGAAAGGUAACCUAGAGUGAGUUGAAGUGAAAGGAGUCAGUAUCUUAGCAACAUAAUGUGAACUUGUUUUUGGAUGCUUCCCAAACCGUCUAAACCGUCACAUGCUUCUCGGGUUUGAGGGCCAGACCCUGUUCAUGUUGUCCUGGCAGCACAUCCUUGGUUUCUUGGAUACCUCUAAUUAAGGGCUGU